AUGCAAAAAAAUCAUCAACAUCUUGUACGGCCAUGUGCUGUCUUUCUUGAACGUUUAAAUGAUACAUUUAUACCUUCAAAACGUUAUAAAGUCGAUGCUGAUAUUAUAUAUCGAUCAUCAAAUGAACAAUCUUCACAUCAUAAUAAUGAUGAAUUAUCUGUUGAUGUUCUUAUGUUACCAAAUAAUAAAGUUAAAAUAUCUUCAUCAUCAACAUUUGAAAAUAUAUCUAUAAAUUCAAAUAAUCAAAUAACAACAAAUGAUGAUAUAAAACCAGUUGUACGUAUACGUCCACAUCAAUCAUCAAUUGAUUCUAAUGAAUAUGAUACUUCAAUAAUAUCUAAACGUCAUAAUUCUUUACGUCGUAAUGAAUCAUCAACAUCAAAUAAAUAUGAUAAUGAUUUAUAUUUAUUUAAUAGUACAUUUGAUUCAGGUGAUGAACUUGGUGUAGAUUUAAAUGAUGAUGAUUUAGCAUCAAUAAAUCAUGUAUUAGAUUUUGAUGAUGAUGAUGAUCUAUCAAAUUUUGAUGAUGAUAAUCAAAAUUUAUCAUUAACAACAAAUAGUAAUCAUGGUUCAAUUAAUUAUCAUUCAACACAAUUACCAGAUUUAGUUAUGGGUUCAAUACGAUCUGAAAAUGGUAUUAAAUCUGAACCAUCAUUUCAAUAUAGUGAUUUAUUUAAUCGUAAAGGACGUACAUUUGUUUGUGAUGAACGUGGAAAUCGUGUUGUAUCUGUUAAACUUGAAAAAUUAUCAGCAAAACAUUUAAUUGAUUCUAUUGAAAGAAAUUUAGGACGUUUAAUUUUAGAAGAAUGUCGUCGUGGUGAUUUACAAGCACAUAUUUUAAAAGUUGUUUUUAAAGAUGAACAAGAAUUUUUUGAUUUUAAUCGUUCAGCUAUUGUUUCAAAACAUUCAUUUAAACAAUGUCCAGAAAUGUAUACGAGAUUUCUUGAAAGUUUAUUUGAAUCACAAACAUAUACAAAUGAUAGUGAACAUGAUCCACUUGGAUCUGAUGAAGUUGAUCAAUUACAUCAUUCAUAUUGUUGUAAAGUUCAUGAAUGUGGUGAAACAUUUACUUCAAGAUCUGAAGCAUUAAAACAUGCAAAAAAACAUGCAGAACUUGAUCCAUUUGAUUUUGUUUGUGAUCAUUGUGGAAAAAAAUUUCUUGGUAUUGCUAAUAUGAAACGACAUUUACGUGUUCAUAUGGGUAGUGAAGGAAAAGAUUUUGCUUGUCCAUUAUGUCAUUAUCGUGGUUGUACAACAACACAUGUUAAACGUCAUAUGGCACAUAAACAUUUAGAAAAGUAA